AUGGUGGUUCCUUGCUUCAUGAAGAAGGAAGUGAGACAUGACUACAAAAUUCUAAUGGGCAUGUUCUCGCAAAGAGAACACAACCCUUCCACGAAAGCCGCCACAGCAUGCUUGCCCCAGACACUCAAGGCAGAUUUCACGGCACCUGCAGACACAGGUGUUGCUCUGGUGAUGUCAGUCAGAAUGGCUCCUCCUCUUCCUCUGAUAUUUCUGCUCAUGAUUCAGGGGAUUUACAGUCAAAAUGAGAAUGUGAUUUACAACCUCCUAAACAUCUGUGCACUAAAGGGGUCAUCAGUGAUUAUGCCCUGCACUUACACGUACCCUCCUGGAGUUAAGAUUGAGAAAGUGUUCUGGACCAAAACUGAUGUUAGAAAUGAAUAUAAUGAGUUUCCAGAUCUGUCUAAUGACCCUGAAUACAGUCAGAGGAUUCAGUAUCUGGGAGAUAAACAGCAGAACUGCACCAUCAGACUGAAUGAUGUGACACAGAAGGAUUCACACAAGUACUAUUUCAGAUUCACAACUGAUAAUCCUAAAAUAAAAUGGAUUGGUGCUCCUGGAGUGACUCUUAAAAUCACAGAUCUUCAUGUGGAGUCUCCUGAGAGCGUGACAGAGGGAGAUACAGUCAGUCUGACAUGUAAAAGCACCUGUAAUCUGUCUGACAGAACAACAUUCAUCUGGAGGAAAAACACACAGUCAUUAACUGAGAGAAACAAUAAACUCCUCCUGCAGUCAGUCAGAAGAGAGGAUGCAGGCAGAUAUAGCUGUGCUGUACACGGACACAAUCUCACAUCACCUCAUGUUGAUCUCAAUGUUAAAUAUUCACCCAAGACUGUCUCAGUGUCCAUGAGUGGAUCUGGUGAAAUAGUUUUGGGUGAUUCAGUGACUCUGACCUGCAGCAGUGAUUCAAACCCACCUGUUCUGAACUACACCUGGUUUAAGGAGAAUGAAAGUUCAUCUGUUGGAUCGGGACAGAGUUACAGUGCACUACAGAGUGGAUUCUUCUACUGUGUGACUCAGAAUCAACAUGGAUCUCAGAGAUCAGCUGCUGUACAAGUCACUGUUAAAGGAAGUGUGAUGGUUAUGUACAUAUCUAUUGGAGCUGGAUCUUGUGGAGCUGCAGUUGUCAUCAUGGUUUUGCUAUUUUGGUAA